AUGGCCUACAUACGCGCACUUAUCAUCGGCCUUCUCAGCCUCGCCUUACCACUACUUCUUAUGCAGCAGCAGCAAUCUUACGUAACUGCAGCUACCAACUCAAAAGUCAAUAGCCUGCACGCCUACUGGGCUAGAAGCAAAUCAGCUGGUGAUAAUGGCAAUGACCGCCAACACCAACAUCAACCGCAAGUGAACAAGAGGGCGAGUGAUAGCGAAAAACAAACGGAAAAUGAAACAAAGAACAGUUCUACUUACAAGAUUGGCCUUGGCAUCGCCGACAUCACCGGACCGGCGGCGGAUAUUAAUAUGAUGGGCUACGCCAAACUGGGCCAGGACACGCGGGGCAUCCACACUCGUCUCUACUCUCGGGCACUAGUCAUUGUGUCGGAGACUGGUGGGCGUGUGUGCUACGUCAACGUCGACCUGGCCGCCUCUACGCAGAUAGUGAAGAUGCUCGUCAUUGAGAAGCUGGAGGCGAUCUACGGCCCGGGCGUCUACGGCCACGAGAACAUCAUGAUCAGCUCCACACACACCCACAGCGGUCCCGGCGGGUACUUUCAGUAUCUGCUGUACAUCAUCACGCAGGAGGGCUACAUCAAGGAGAGCACUAGUGCGAUCGUAGAGGGAAUCACCAAAUCCAUCAAACAGGCGACCGACGGCCUGACAGCGGGCAGCAUCUUCUACCAGGAGGGCAAUCUUCAAGGGGCGUCCAUCAAUCGCAGCCCAGCGGCGUAUCUGCAAAAUCCGGAAAGCGAACGAGCAAAAUACAAGCACGACACUGACAAGACGAUGCAGACCUUGAGGUUUGUCGACAGCAGCGGAAAGCCGCUGGGAAUGGCUUCCUGGUUUGCCGUGCACGGCACAAGCAUGAACAACACCAACAAGCUGAUUAGCGGCGAUAAUAAAGGUUACGCUGCUUUGCGUUUUGAGGAAGACUACAACGGUCACCUUGGCGUCGGUCGAGGACCGUUUGUGGCCAUCUUUGGGCAGGCCAACGAGGGCGACAGCUCUCCGAACACCAAGGGCGCUCGCUGUCUUGACACCGGCGAGCCCUGUGACUUUGUUCACAGCACCUGCAAUGGAAAGAACGAGAUGUGCAUCGCCUUUGGCCCUGGCCGGGACAUGUUUGAGAGCACCAAGAUCAUCGGCCAGCUGCAGUACCAGAAGGCGAAGGAGCUCUUUGAGUCGACUUCUGGCCAGCUGGUCAAGGGCGACGUCAGGCUAAUCUACGAGAACAUCAACAUGACGGAUCGAGUGGUGACGCUGGCCAACGGCACCAAGGUGACCACAUGUCCGGCGGCGUUGGGCAUGUCCUUUGCGGCGGGCACCACCGAUGGCGAGGGCGCCUCAUUUUUCCAGCAGGGCACCACCCACGGCGAUGCGAACCCUCUCUGGGACUUGCUGCGGAAUCUGCUGACGAAUCCCUCGCAGAAGCUGCUCGACUGUCAGAUGCCCAAGUCGACGCUGAUUCCGCUGGGCGAGAUGCGCCGCCCCUACGACUGGGGCCCCGAGGUGAUGCCAACGCAGCUCUUUGAGGUGGGCGACAUUAUCCUCGUGGGACUGCCCGCCGAGUUCACCACCAUGUCGGGUCGGCGCAUUCGCGAGGACAUUACCGAGGUGUACGCCUCCAAAGGACGGAAGGUGCACGUCAUUCUGGCCGGCCUGGCAAACACCUACUCUAACUACGUGACCACCUUUGAGGAGUACCAGCUGCAGCGGUACGAGGGAGGCUCCACGCUCUUUGGACCGCAUACGCUCGAUCUCACCCUGAAGCCGCCGGUCCUCUUUGACAUGCCCCUGGGCGGACUCGCCUUUGGGGCGGUGCUCACUGAGCCGCUGGAGCACUACUACGCUGGCUCGCGCGUCAAGGUGCGCUUUGUGGGCGCCAAUCCGCGCAAUAACAUGCGCCUCGAGGAGACCUUUCUAAAGGUGGAGCGACUGGCCUCUAAUGGCUCCUCCUGGCAGCUGGCCGCCACCGACGCCAACUGGGAGACAAUGUAG